GUGUGGUCCCCUCCGCUCCAGUUCGCCCUGGCGGGCGCGGCGACCACAGCAGCGGUGGCGGCGCGGGUCCGGGGCGAUGCGGCGCUACCUGCGCGUCGUGGUGCUGUGUCUGGCCUGCGGCUUCUGCUCACUACUGUACGCCUUCAGUCAGCUCGCCGUGUCGGUGGAGGAAGGAGCGGGCGGCGACGGUGGCGGGAAGCCGCAGGCCGCGGUGGCUUCCUGGCUGGCGGGCGGCGGCACGGGAGGCGCUGGCCCCGCGGCGCGUCCCAGCCGGUCGGACAGGUGUAAAGAUUUCUCUCUGUGUUACUGGAAUCCCUAUUGGAUGCUGCCCUCUGAUGUUUGUGGAAUGAACUGCUUUUGGGAAGCGACUUUUAGAUACAGUUUGAAAACACAGCCUAUUGAGAAAAUGCAUCUUGCUGUUGUCGCCUGUGGUGAAAGACUGGAAGAAACCAUGAUCAUGUUGAAGUCAGCUCUUAUUUUCAGUGUCAAACCUCUGCAAUUCCAUAUUUUUGCUGAAGAUCAACUACAUGAUAGCUUUAAAGACAGACUUGACAGCUGGUCAUUUCUUCAGAAAUUUAAUUAUACAUUAUACCCCAUAACCUUUCCAAAGGAGAAUGCAGUGGAGUGGAAAAAACUCUUCAAACCAUGUGCUUCCCAGAGGUUAUUCUUGCCACUAAUCCUGAAAGAAGUUGAUUCACUAUUGUAUGUUGACACGGACAUCCUAUUUUUACGACCUGUUGAUGAUAUUUGGUCUUUACUGAAGAAAUUUAAUUCCACACAAAUUGCUGCAAUGGCACUAGAACAUGAGGAGCCUCGAAUAGGAUGGUAUAAUCGGUUUGCUAGGCACCCAUACUAUGGGAAAACUGGAGUCAACUCUGGAGUUAUGUUGAUGAACAUGACGAGAAUGAGAAGGAAAUACUUCAAGGUAAGCAGCUGAUACAGGUAUGUUGUUUAGCCUUACUCUUUUCUCUUGAAAUCGUUUGCUUUCCAAUUUAGUUUUUUAUAAAAAUCCAGACUAUUCAGAACUCUUCUUUUUUUUCCUUUUUAUUAUAUUAUUGUUGUACAUUGUGAC